GCGUGAUGACGUGCUGUGACGUGCACAGUCUCAGGAAGUUGAAGUAAACAAGACCGAGCUUUGGUGCCUGAGAAAGAUUAUUUUAAGACCAUUAACCCGUAUAACAAGUUUCUGGCGCUGUUGGCGAGCUGUGUCUAGUGACAGUGCUGCCCUUUUUCCCUCGUCUUUUCCUGGAUUUGAUGUGAAGUUAGUCUCGUGACGCAGUUUUUUUACUCCUUGCAGAGUGAAAUGCUGAAACUUUUUGGAAUUCAAAAGAGCACCGAAUCAUCAAAGAAAGGCACAAACCAUGAUGAGGAAGUAGAUGGUUUUGUUAUUUUAGUAAUGAAACUUACCUGAGAUGCCAUCUUUCUGUCGAGAUGGAGAAACAGCAGGUGAAAGGCAAAUGUUCCAGAGUCAUGUGCCGGUUGAAGAAGUGACAAGCACACACUGCCAGUCAACACAGGGAGAAGCAACAGAUUUAUAUCCUGUAGAAACAAAUGAAACAUGGACUGCUCAGCAGAUGAAGCAAACAUUAAAAAGCUUUCCUGUAACUGUGGAGCUCCUCAGUGAUGUACCAUUCACUUUAGCCCCUCAUGUUCUGGCAUUACAGGCCAGUUUUCAUGACCUCCCAGCCGCCUUGCAUCUAUCGAAGAAUAUGAAUGAAAAUGUAGCAAAUUUCUGGUAUGAUUUUACUCUUGAAAACUCUGUACUUUCUGAUUCCUUAGAUUAAUGCUACUAUUUGCAUAAAAUUGACAGCUGUUCUGAGUAUUGCAGUAGAAUGUGUCAAUUAAUUUGGUCCUGAUUUACUUAUGUUAAUAGCUUUCUAUAAAAGUUGUCUUACUAGUAUUGUACCACUUGUGAUUUGGCUCUCGGCUGGAAAAUUGUUUGAAUAACAGUUCUAAAAGUGUCUUGCCUCAAUUAAAUGAGUUACGCUUCUUUAUAAGAUGGCUAAGGAUUCCAGAGACUUCUGUAGCUUAGUAAGCUUGGGGGGGAAAAUGGGGUAAGUGAAUUUAUUUCUUUGUCUAAAUAAAUAUUUUCCAUGUGUUUAUAUAGAAAUGUAAGUGGGAAGCUAUCCUGGUAGUUAUGCUGACGUCACACCUGCCAUGUAGGAUCAAGUUUUCCAGUGCUGACCCUGCCAUAGUAUGCCUGCCCUUUUUGCCAGAAACCCUGGGGUCUAACUAGAGACAUGAUUCUUGCCUUUCACAAAGGGGAGUUAACAUUAAAACCUUUCAAAAUAAAAUCUGUUAUCUGUAGGGGUUCCAAUCAAUACCCUGGUCUGGACCACUCCCCCUUUACUGAAAAUUAUGUGAUGGUAUUGUGAGAUAGGAAGGGACUAAAUAUUAAUAACUUUCUGUAUCCCUGCCACAUAUUACUAUAUACACAUAUUCUGGUAUGAAAACAUAUGAUUUUGGCAACCAUUCAUUUGAUUAUUGAGUCUUCUGUAUUGACAGUUUGUAGAAUCUGGCUGCUUACAAUAGACCAAAACUCGAUCCUGUCAUGUGGAAAUAUACAAAGCGCAAUGUCUAACUAUAUAGACCUUAACAACAGUGAUGAUUUUGUUUUCUGAUUAUAUUUUUAAAUUUUGUGUUGAAAGUAUACAAAUACUGUCAAUACAAUAGAAUGUACAUUAUAAUUAUAUUGUAUGGUAAUGGAUCUAAAUGUCUCAAUUCAGACUUUGUCAUAAUAAAGUAUCCUACUUACUA